GUAAGACAUGUGAGAAGAGGCCAUGUUUUCCGGCAAGAAUCACGAGGGCCACUUUGUGACUUUCUAAUCUCGAUGUCUUUGUGUCGAUCUCUAGGAGGUUCUAUUAAUCUGUCAUUAGGUUAUUAUUAUUCUACUAAACAAAUCAGGUCAUUUUCUACCUGCUUGGGAUUAAGCUAUAAUUUUUCUUUAUAUAAUAAACCCUAUAGAUUUGAUUUAAUGACAGCUUAGUCAAGAAUAAGAUAUUUCCCAAUCCAUUCGGAACUACUUUUGAAGAUUAGAUCAUGACUUUAUAUUUGAUAACAAAAAGAAGGUAUGACAUCUAACUAUUGAUUAAUAGAUUAAACAAAUCAAACUCGUCGUUCGAAAGCUUUCAAAUCAUAUAAAGAAACCCUUUACCUUCAGGUGACAUCAAAGAUCAAACCAAAUAUGAGUCUAAGUUACGAUCUCAUGGAUCUGGAGACGUUAACGUUGAAUGCUAAGCAAAUACAAGACGAUGUUUUAAAGGAGAUACUCACACUUAACGUCCACACUGAAUAUCUCCAACGUUUUCUCCAUGGGAGCUCUGAUAAAGAGCUCUUCAAAAAGAAUGUACCGGUCGUCAGUUAUGAUGAUGUUAAGCCUUAUAUCGAACGUGUUGCCAACGGAGAGCCAUCAGAUGUCAUAUCAGGAAAUCCCAUCACUGGAUUUUUCCUAAGUUCCGGAACAUCAGGAGGAAAACAUAAGAUACUCCCCAUGAACAAUAAGUUCUUUGAGAACAUGAUACAACUCAAUGCUCUCUCGUCCCCUUUUAUCUCCAGGUAUAUGGAUGGUGCCAAGCAAGAAAAGGAGAUGAAGAUUAGUUUCUGUAGACCGUUAUCCAAAACUCCUUCUGGUUUGCCAGUUUCUGGGGUACUUUCAAGCUUUGUGACGAGCAAUUAUUUCAAGAACCAACCAAAAGAGAUGUAUACAAGCCCCAAAGAUGUCACAUUAUGCCCAGAUAACAAGCAGAGUAUGUAUUGUCAUCUUCUCUGUGGGCUCGUCCAGAGAAACGAAGUUACGAGUAUAAGUGCUUACUUUGCCUCUACUUUGGCUCAUGCAAUCAAUUUUCUUGAAACUAACUGGAAAGAAUUGUCUAGUAACAUACGACAUGGUCAUGUUAGUGAGUGGAUUACAGACCGUAGCUGUAGGGAUUCGGUCUCCACCAUCCUCGGAGAGCCUAAUCCUGAACUGGCAACUUUGGUUGAUUACGAGUGCAGCCAGAAAUCAUGGGAAGGUAUAAUUACACGGCUUUGGCCCAAAGCCAAAUUUCUUGAUUGCAUUGCUACAGGACAGAUGGGUCAGUACAUCCCAACAUUGGAUUUUUACUCGAACCAACUUCCUAUAUUCUCCAUGGUCUAUGCAUCAUCGGAAACUAUAUUUGGGAUAAACGUGGAUCUUUCAUGCAAACCACAUGAUGUGUCAUACACAUGCCUACCCAACAUGUCCUAUUUCGAGUUCAUACAGGUUGAUGAUGAGGAAAACAAGGAUGAGAUUGUUGAUCUUGUGAACGUUACGUUAGGUUGCUACUAUGAGCUGUUGGUCACAAAUUAUUUUGGUUUACAUAGGUGUAAGGUUGGAGAUAUAUUACAGGUGACUGGAUUCUAUAACAGUGUACCUCAAUUUCGAUUCAUACGUAGAAAAGAAAUGGUCCUAAGCAUUCAGACGGAGAUAACAACUGAGGAAUAUCUUUUAAAGGCAUUGAAUCAUGCGACACUCGUUCUUGAAGCUUCAAAUCUGAUGUUGAUGGGUAGCACAUGUUAUGCUGAUCUCUCUACUAUUCCAGGUCAUUAUGUUUUUUACUGGGAACUCAAAUCCAAAAGCAUCAAUGGCGUUGAACUUGUCAACAGUGUAAUGGUGAAGUGUUGUUGUGUUAUGGAGGAAUCACUUAGUUAUCUUUACCGAAUAUUUAGGAGUAAAGAUGGAUCAAUCGGAGCUCUAGAGAUAAGAGUUGUGCAAGAAGGAACAUUCGAUUCUCUCAUGGAAUUUUUCGUAUCACGGGGUUCUUCGAUGUCUCAAUACAAGACACCUAUAUGCAUAAAAUCUUCCGAGGCUUUAACAGUUCUUGAAGACAAGGUUCUCUCUCGGUUCUUUAGCGACAAAUGUCCGCAUCUUUGACGAUUUCGAGAGCACUCUAAAUGACCGGCCUUGAAUCACCCACAUCUUGUUCAGCUCUCAAUGAAUCUGUCCUAGCUAUCUCAUGCAUCUAUGGAUUUUAACAUGUUUUAUAUAUUUCCGCUUUUGAGAUCAAUGUCUAGGAAAAUAAUCGCCGGAACAAA